AUGACCCUUCCCGAGGGUUAUUAUUCUAAAAAUGAUAACAAAGUAUGCAAGUUAGUUAAGUCCUUGUAUGGGUUGAAACAGGCUCCAAGAAAAUGGAAUGAAAAGUUGACUAAUGUUUUACGUGAUGUUGGUUUUGUUCAGAGUCAAUGUGAUCAUUCAUUAUAUGUUAUGGAUAAGAGUUCUGUGUUUAUAGCUUUGCUUGUAUAUGUUGACGAUAUAGUCAUAACAGGGAACAAUGAUAAUGAAAUUAGUAGAAUAAAAGGUCUUCUCAGUAAGAGUUUUCAAAUCAAGGACUUAGGUGUUUUAAAAUAUUUCCUUGGUUUAGAAGUAAUCUAUGAUAAGUCAGGAAUUUGUUUAAAUCAGCGAAAGUACUGCUUAGAUCUUUUGGCUGAGUUUGGUUAUCUUGGAUGUAAACCUGUUAACACACCUAUUGAGCUAAGUCAUGUUAUUAACAAAAAUAUAGGUGAUAAACAGGAAACGUUGGUUGAUAUAACGAGUUAUCAAAAGUUGAUUGGGAAACUUAUUUACUUGUCUUUAACUCGACCAGACAUUUGUUAUGCUGUACAGUUUUUAAGUCAGUAUAUGCAUAAACCUUGUGAUUCUCAUCUUAAAGUGGCUUUAAGAUUAUUGAGAUAUCUUAAAUUGAGUCCUGGUAAAGGUCUUUUGUUUAAAAAGAGUGAUUGUUUUGAUUUAACAUGUUUUGCUGAUUCGGACUGGGCUAAGUGCCUUAAUACUAGAAAGUCUGUGACUGGAUAUUAUGUUUUUCUUGGCCAUGAUUUAAUUUCAUGGAAAAGUAAAAAACAAAGUACCGUUUCCAGGUCUUCAGGUGAGGCUGAAUACAGGGCUAUGUGUUCAGCCACCUGUGAGCUUAUUUGGAUUGUGAACUUGUUAAGUGAAUUGAAGGUUUGUUGCAAAGUACCUAUACAGUUGUAUUGUGAUAGUAGUGCUGCAAUAUCUAUUGCAGCGAACCUAGUUUUUCAUGAAAGAACUAAGCACUUUGAGCUGGAUUUGUAUUUUCUCAGGGAAAAGAUUGCUUCAGGUUUCGUUCAAACUGUGAAGGUUGACUCUGAAAGUCAACUUGCAAAUUUGUUUACAAAAGGUUUAAGUGCAAGAUUGCAUGAGUUAUUUUGUGAAAAACUUGGACUUGUAAACGUGUUUAAAGCCGUUUGA